GUUGUUGAUUAUUGAAGUUGAACAAAAUUAGGUUUGCUAAAUAUAUAAAUAAAUAAAACGGGGAAAUAACGAGAAACCGUGUUUCACUCAGAUCGCACAUUGACGAACUAGAAAAAAAUAAGGUUGGAGAAGGCGCUGCCGGAAGUGAACACCGUCUUUCAUUUUCCGGCGAUCUCUUCUUUCUUCCAUUAUUUUCCGGCGAUCCCUUAUCCCUGCAACCAAACAUGACGACAUCAAGGCGCCUUGCGGACAGGAAGGUGGAGAAGUUUGAGAAGAAUAUCACCAAGAGAGGAUUUGUGCCAGAGACAACUGCUAAGAAAGGAAAAGACUAUCCUGUUGGUCCAGUGCUGCUCGGUUUCUUCGUCUUUGUUGUCAUUGGAUCAUCUCUCUUCCAGAUAAUCAGGACAGCAACUAGUGGUGGCAUGGCUUAGUGGAGCUUUGUUUUGGACUGUGUCAUCUUCUCUUAGCCUAGUAGAAAGUGCUAUAUCUCUAAAUGUACUGUACUAGACCCUGUUCCUGUUCAUGUUUUGAUGAACUUUGAGAAUUUUUAAUUAAAAAUAUAUUCUAUUGUUCGUCUUGCCUUUAA